GCCAGACACUGACGUUCUGACGUUCGCCGACUUCGCUGACAUCAAGGAAGUCAGGGAAUUUGGAUGAUGUGGAUCACGUGGACGAUUAUGGAUUAAGGGAAAGAGAAUAGCAGUUGGUAUACUAGUUCUGCCAGUUCUGUAGUGUUGUGUUUGGUAUUGUCUCACGUGCUUCUUGAUCCAAGCAAGUAUUUAGGGUUAGAAGUCUUAACGGAAAUCAUGUGUUAAUAUCGGGCCAUUAUUACUAUUGCGAAGAAGACUUAAUGAUAGAGAACGUUUAAAGAUAUUGUUACUCUGACAGUAACAUCACUGAUAAUAAUAUUAAUUGUAAAUUAUAAUGGUACUGAAAGUUGAAAUAACAUGGAGGUUUCAAAAAACAAUGCGGGCUCUACGAAAGACAGGGUCUUCCCGAAAGGUAAAUUUGGUCACUCAACAGGAAGAGCCGUUGCACGUUAAGCAGCAGUAGACAAACGUCUGAUAAAUAUAAAUUCCUCCCCACAUAACAUUAAAUUAUAUGGACAAGUUUCAAAUGAAGCGGAGACCCAAGGACCCAGGGGAAAGGGUUAAAAUUCAAACCAGUUUUUCAGCCCUGCCAGAAAGUAUUGAUGUUUCAAAGACAUAUUGGCCAGAAUUAAGGAAACCAGUUUUAUAUGAGCAACAAGGAAAUAAAUCGAAAUUGGCAAAAAUAUUCGCCGGCAGGGAACAUGUAUUGAAAGAAGGUAUCAGACCAGGAAGUGAAGUAAAAGAAAGUGAUGACAUAGGCAGCAUGACAAGUAAAUCAGACAUUGCCAGUAGUGUAUUUGUUGAACAAAGUGAUAUGUCAGUUACCCCACUUCAGGCCACAAGUUAUUCAUCUAAAGUCAAAGAAUAUAGUUCUGCUGAGGAAAGGAUGUGUAAUAAUUCUUCCUCUGCAGUUGAACUUGAGAAAAGUUAUAGCAAAAACAUAUGUCAGUUUCAUAUCACUUCAGGGAAGCCAUUGGCUUCUGCUGGUAGUCUUAAUCACACAACUGAAUCAGAGAGGUACACUAGCUAUGGUAAUGUUUGUGGGGUUGCAUGCAAGAAAGAGAAGGUACACAGUAAUCUUUUGGCUACUGCUGAACCAUGCAAGACGUUUUGUGGUGUGUCAGGUAACAGGUUGGAUUCAACAUUUAAACUUCUGCAGAAGGGAGAAAAUUUACCACAACCACAGUUGAAAGAAGAGCAGAUAAUUAGUGGAAACAUUAAGAUUUCUUCAAAUCAGUUGAGAUCCAAUCAGAGAAAAAGAACAUUGAAAGAGGAGAAGAAACAAGUGCGAGAAGAGGAAGCUAGGAAAAGAAUGCUUGCCCCAAAAGGUCAGAGAGUAAGAUUGGUGAGUCAGAAGAUGUUGGAAGCAAUGAUGAAUAGUGACGCUGAGAGUAUGUCAUUUUCUACGUAUCAAAGAGCUGCACCAGCUAUGAAUGAGAAGGAAUUUCCUACCAUGGAAGAAUCCAGGAUGCAAAGAAUUAAGUUAAAAGAUGAACAUUCCUGUGGAGUUCAAAGUAAUGAUUCCCAAAGGAGAAGCCCAAGUUGUGAAGUACAAUUGAAACUAAAGAAUAUGGGAAAUGACAGUGACUGUAUUAAUUCUUCAAGUGCAGAAGGGCAAGUCACUGUGCCAACAAGCAGCCUGUCUGUAAGAAACAAAAAGAGGAAAGACCCGAUCCAGAUUGAUCUUGUGAACUUGAUUAAGACUCAACCAGCAAAAUGUAAUAAGAGUCAAGGGGAGAAUGGAGGUGUGUUGAAGGUGAACAGAUGGGUGCAAAAGAAGGAGAGUCCAAAUCAGUACUGUGGAAACCAGCUUGAUGCUUCAAAUCCUGAAAGGAAGCGAGGCAAGAAGAAAGAAGUGCCUAAGAAAAAAAAGAACAGUGUUCUGAAAAGUGUAAUACUUGAGGAAAGGGCGGUAAGACAACAGCUUCAGGUGUUACGAAAGCAGGGACAGAGUGUGGACAUACAGUCUGUAUCUUCACAGGAACAGGGUGAUGUUACUGUCCACAGCAACGCACAUGCAGUCACAAAUGAUUCCAGUGUGAAACAGGCUGUAGGGAAUAAGAACUUUUUAUGUGUUGCUGAAACUGUGCCAUUUGGAGAAGUGACAAGUUGUAAUGUUAAGAAGGCUGAAAGUCCAAAUAGUACAGAAAUCUUAGAUUUAACACAAUAUUUAAGAGAGAACCUGAGUUUGAUGACAAAUGUUCAGGUUGAAACACUUGAACAAAAUGUGUCAGCUGGACCUGAAACUGCUCAAGACAUGAUACAGAAGACUGAAGUCGGAGAAGGUAACUGUACUUUGGCUCUUUCUGGAUCACCAUCACAUAGCUGCACAGAUGUGCUUCAGAGAUUUUCAAUCCAUAGCCGCAGGUUUAGAGAGUACUGUGACAAUUCUUUAACUGUUCCACUUACCAGUUCCGUUAAAUUGCUGAUUAAGGAUAUAGUUAAGUUUCAAGAUCGCCAGUACCAUCGUGAUCCUGUAAAAGCAUUCGCCAGACGCAGAUAUGUACUGGGAUUUCGUGAGGUCAUGAAGUACCUUCAACUUAAGAAACUGAAACUCAUCAUAAUAGCACCUGAUCUUGAAGUUUCUAAACUCAAAGGAGGAAUUUAUGACAGAGUAGCUCAGCUGAAAGAACAGUGCACUGCCCAAGGAGUGACAUAUCUGUUUGCCUUGUCUCGCAGGGAACUGGGCAUCUUGACUUUCAAGAACGUUGGCAUCAGCAUUAUGGGUAUCUUUAGAUACGAAGGCUCAGAGAACAACUUCAAGAAUGUGGUGGAGAGUCUGGCAGGAGCACGGACACACUAUCAGCAAAUAACUCAGCAGACAAUAACUGUGACAUUCAGUUAUGACUCAAGAGUUUUGAAUGGAAGCUUGCAUAUGGAGUUGCAAUGAUUUGCCACCAUGUGCACUGCAGUCUAGAAAAUGGUGACACCUCUGCAAAAAGUGAUGUGUCCUUUGGUUUAAUAAAACCAGGUGCAUGAAUUGAGUGCAGUUACCUGUCAGAACUUGAAGAGAAUCCGCCUUCUGAGAUUUCCAUUUAUGCUUUUUCACAAACGGGUCUGUGAGACAGGUUGUUUGUGUAAAGGAAAGUUCCCUUUGCAGCAGAAUGUAUGGACUGAACUGGAAUAUCAGCUUGAUGUGUAUAGAAUUACCAGUAGUGCACAUACUGAACAUCUCUGGGUGGCAAAAUAAACUUCGAUAGUUGAAGUUUAAUGUUUGAAUAUUCAGAUCCUGUAUCUUGCCUGAUUUCUUAAAUAUAAAUUUCUGAAAUUAUAAAGAUCAUUUUUGCUCACUCUGUAUUAAUAAGAAGUUGAUGAGUCCUAUAUAAGGAUGGAGAUUUCACAUUUUGCUCACUUAAUCUGCAUAAUUUAAUUUAUACUGUUAUAAUCAGGAAUAUGUUUUCAUGCAGCCCAGUGCUGGUGCCAUUCAGAAAUCUGACGUUAGGGAAGAUGAGACUGCAAGUGUGACCAGUCAAGUGAUUGCAUCCCUAUUGUCAAAACUG